UUCGUACCAGCCAGAACAGGCUCGGAUCAUAUAUGAGGACGCCUUGUAAACAAAGGUUCUCGAUUAUCAUAACACCGCGGUAUCCUCUCGGUGUUACGAUAUUUCUAAAGAACUUUGCGCAAUAAUGUAUAAAAACAGGGAGCCAAGAAAGCGUUCAAAACAGCCCUUACUCUUCUUACUUCCAACCAUGCAGCCCUCACUUGGUUUCGCGAUCCUCGUAACCCUUGCCACUAUUGCUGUGGCAUAUCCCACGCCAGAAAUGGGGACGGAUUGCACUUCUUUGGCUCAGCACGGCCUUCCCUGUAACAUUGUUGUUUUUGACACCAGGGACCCUGGUUCUCCUGGUUCUCCUGGUUCGCUCGACUCUCCUGAUUCACCCGACUGCCCCGACUUCCCUGACUCCCCUGACUCUCCCGAUUCUCCCGACUCUCCCGACUCUCCCGACUCUCCCGACUCGCCCGACUCGCACUCUAGGCGUGAGGAUCCUGAACCUAACUAUGUCCACCAGAGAGGUAAGCCAUUAUAUGCCUGGUGGAUUAAUCGAUCACCCAUGUGUAACACCACUUAUCGCAACAGAGGCUUCUGGUUACCAGUCCAACACCAAGAGGUGUGACGACUAAUAUGUAUCUAAGAGAGGUAUUGCUGCUCUUUGUUUCUACUAUCAUUUCUUAUUGUUUUUCAGCUGUAAAAUAGGCAAUGAUUCGCAAGGGGUGUUAGAACAUAGUCAGUCCC